CAGAGAUUGGGAGGGGGGAGCACAAGGAGGACAGGUUGAAGACACAUUAGAUAACAGCCAAGCAGGGACAGGUGAGCUCUGCCUUCGGACUGCAACACUGAGCAGAGACGAGCUGGACAUGGCCGGGUACAAGCCAAAAGUGAUUUCUCUAACCAAGAGGCCGGGUCAUUCGUUUGGCUUCUACUUGAGGGUGGAGCAGGCUGUGGAGGGUCACCUGAUCCGCUGCCUGGAAAUGGGAGGUCCAGCUGAGCUGUCUGGCAUGAAGGAUGGAGACCGCAUACUGCGGGUCAACGGAACGCUUGUUGAUGGACUCUCCCAUUCAGAAGUGGUGGACAUGAUCAGGAACAGCGGAGCAUCGGUUACGUUUCACAUCCUGGAUGAAGCCUCCUACGUGCAGGCCAAAGCCACCGGAGUAAACCUGUCCGAUCCUCAGAGCACACAGGUGGCCAACGGUGUGGCCAAACAUUCUCUGAAACCCAAACUCUGCUACCUGGUGAAGUCCACCUCAGGCUACGGCUUCUCCAUUCGCUCAGUCAAAGGUGAGGAGGGUUUGUUCAUGACCGAGGUGAUCCCAGGAGGUGUGGCUGACAGGGCCGGGGUCAGCGUCAACGACCGCCUGCUGGAGGUCAACGCAGAGGACGUAGAAGGCUCCACACACGACCAGGUAGUGGACAAGAUCAAACUGGCCGGCAGCAGCAUCAUGCUCUUGCUGGCGGACCGGGAAACGCACAGGUACUACCAGAACCAACAUACGAAGAUAGGACCAUGGUUGGCCACUGCAAAGCAUCUCCCACACAAGCCGCAGAUCAUCAAAAUGACCAAAGGCUCCGAUGGCUACGGCUUCCUGCUCGAGGAGAAGAACCGACAAGGCCAAGCCACAGGCCACUUCAUGAAGAACAUAGACAGAGGCAGCCCGGCGGAUAAAGCGGGUCUGCGGGAGAUGGACAAACUAGUAGCCGUGGAUGGCGAGGAGGUUCAAAGCUGCAGCCACGAGCAGGUGGUGGAAAAGAUGAGGCGGAGUGGAAACAAAUGCUGCCUCCUAGUGGUGGACCAAGACACGGACGAAAUGUAUAAGCUGGCAGGAGUGUCACCCAUCGUCUUCUUGGGGGAGAUGAGUGAAUCCAACCCACCGCCUAGUUACAUAGAAGCCCUCAAUUUACCUUCUCCCGUCCAACGGGCCGUACCUGAAGAAAGUAGGAAGGAGGAGCUCAAGCCCAAACUGUGUAAGAUGGAAAAGGACUCGAGUGGCUAUGGCUUUCACCUAAAUGGCCUCCAGGGGGUGCUUGGACAUUACAUCAAGGAGGUGGUGAAAGGUGGAGCAGCUGACAGGGCGGGUCUGCAGAAUGACGACAUUGUUGUGGAGGUCGGCGGGGUGAACGUGGAGGAGAGAAGCCACGAGGAGGUGGUGUCCAUUAUCCGCAGCAGCGGCAGCUCGCUGGAGAUACUGGUGGCUGACAAAAGCGUGUACGACCAACUGAAAGCCAAAGGAGUGACCAUCACACGCCUGCUCCUCGGAGAGACAUCUUAUGCUCAGGUCCACACCGCAGACGCCCCAGAGGAAGACGAGGGACACGAGGAGGCCAGACCCCAAACCCCGACGGAACCAGAGAGAGAGAGGACCACAUCAACUUCAUCUAAAGAAAGUUCUGAUGAAAGACUCUGAAAAAAAAUCACCAAAUUAGCCUGCGCUCCAAUUUUGUCUUUCUCUACAUAAUUUUCUAAACAAGCAGCUCUGAGGGUUUCACACAUGCAACCAAUAUCACAUGAGGCAAGAGAUGUGGACAGUCAAAAAGACCUUUGGAAUUCCCUGACGAGAUCUGAACUCCAUGUGGGUAUUUGCAAGACUUGGGGCAUCGUUUGAUGAAAAUUUACUAGCAAUCAAUAUUCAAUUAUCUAACUAAUUUUAAAUAUCUGCGUACGAGGUUAAGCUACCACUAUUAUUGUCA